AUGUCAUAGAAUUGGUAAAAUCUAUCUGACACAGAUAGAAAAGCAUAUGAAGAAUAUGUUUUAGCUUAAAACGACCAGGAUCGUGGAGAUGCUAUUAAGAAACUCAUUCCUGGUUCAGAACUAUACUACUAUCUUUACUUCAUCGAUAGAAUGAAAAAUGUAGGAUCAAAACUGACAAGUGAAGAUGACAUUGUUAUGAGCUAGUUUACUCAAAGAUUCUCAAAUACCUCUUCAUAUCAUACCAUUCAGAGUCGGCUCUACUUCCUUAGAUACGACUAAUGCGAAAAUCCAAAUGAUAAGAAAAAUCUCUUGGCAGAUCUUCAAUAUGGAGGAAAAGUCUAUGGCCUAAACUUCAAUCAUGAAAAGCCAGAGGAUAUGAGAAGGCAGGAUGAUUCGCUAAGUUCCUAAAGUGAAGACGAGGGUGCCUCUGAUAUCCCUAGUACUAACCUUUUAAAUAUUCCAAGCAAUGAUCUCAUAGGUCUCAAUUUUGGAGUACCAAUAUAAUAGUCGAGUAAACCAAAGAGACAACAUAGGUUUGAAUAUGAUAACUUUUUCUCUAAAGAUAAGUUGAGAUCUAGAUACUCUCCAACUAAUGAUGAAAACUUUGAUCAAAGUAAAUUAAGAGAUGUGGCUCUUGGCUAAGAACAUAAAAUAGACUUUACUAAGUAUCAUCCUAAGGCUUUCUAUGGGUGGGUUUGCUCUAACUCGCUCACUUAAAUCGCUGAAAUUCAAAAUCCAACAUUUUACGAUGCACUCUAAAAAUCGCUUGAGAUGUUAAAGGAGACUGAGAGGUAUUUCGUAUUAAAUUCUAAUUUUCUUAAUAAUAUGACAUUGCUCUAGCUGGACAAGCUCGCAUCCCUUGUUCCUUGGGUCAAGGAUGACAAGUUUUUUGUUGGAAGCUAUUUCCAAAAGCACUUUCAUGAGGAGCUAUCCAGUGAGAACUAAGAAUUUUGGCCAAAUGAAGUUAAGCUUUAAAAUCUCAAGACUCUUUAUCAAUAUGCUGAAAAGAACGGCUUACCACAGAGUCUGAAAUCCUCUCUCGUCUUAGAAAUACUCUAACUCGGAGUAAAAAUGAACAUUUAUGAUAAAGAAUACUUUAAGAAGUAUCUCGAUCAGCCCUUAGUUAGUCAAACUAGCUAAUUCAAUGUUAAAAAGAGACAUGCAAACAUAGAUAUAGCAGAUAAUCAUUGGAAUAACUACAUUGGGAACGUAUAAUCUGCUAGCAAUAAAUCAGGUGGAUGGCAUGAAUCCCAAAACUCAAUGACCAAACAAUUCUUAGAGCACUUCUGCCAUUAAGAUGAUAGCCUAAAGGAAUUCGAAGAUAAUUUUGAGGUUUCAUUCUUAAAAGAAAUCGAAGAUAGAAUUGCCAUUUUCAAAGCUGAUGAUCUGACUAAUCUAAAAAUUGAUGUCAAGAAGUAUCAGUAGAUAUCUUCAGAAGUAAUUGUAAGAUUCUUAGACUCAAAUCAAGAAUUAUUCAAAGUUGAAGAAGAUGUGAAACUAGAGUUAGAAUUGAAAAACGUCUAAACCUUGUAUGUAAAGAUCUUCGAGUUCAACACUGAGACCUACUACAAAAAGACCUUAUAACCUUUCAACACAGGUGUUAAUCUUGAUGGUCUCAUUGCAAGUAUUGAGAAACAGUUCGAAUACAAAUAUCCACCUAACAAAAAAUUCAUUGAGACAUUUGUGUUCUCAGAACUUACUGAAAAAGUUGGACUUUUCAUUGUUGAAUUCAUCGGGAAUGGAAUGAGUUCAAGAGCUGUAAUUAAGAAAGGAUCACUUUCAAUGAUUCACAAACCCACUAUUGCUGGCCAUUUAGCCUAUGUUCUUGAUGAAAAUAAGAAGAUAUGCUCUGGUCCAAAGACAGGUAUCUAUUUUGAUGGAUAAUACUUCGAAUCCAACUAAGAAAAGGGAGGCAAGAUUUUCAUUCCAUAUGGAUAGUCUAACUUGGUUUAAAAAGCAAUCCUCUUAAACAAUGGAUUCGCUCAGCUAUGCGACUUUGAAAGAUAAACUGAGAGAUAUACUUUCAAAGCUAUCAUUUUACUAAACAAAGAAAGUAUCCUAAUUGGAAACAAGGCUUAAAUUCUGAUUAAGCCAAGUCUAUAUGUUAAUGAUAGACCUGCUUCAGUUUAAGUUCUCAAGAAAACAACAGUGACUCUAACUACUGUUGACUAUUUAGAUUCAAAUACUGUGACCAAGACAUUCGAGAAUCUGACAUUCAAGGAUAACGAAGAUCUCAUAAUAGAUUUCUAAGUUCCACCUUACCUUGAGGCUAUUAACGUUGAUGUUACAACAUAGCUAUUUAAGAUCUCAAACCAGAGAGAGGAAACAUUCUCAGCGAGUUCAGUUUUCAAAGUGACUCAGAGCUACAGAGAUUAUAUAAUGAGUUCACUCUAUUUGAGAAAAGAACAGGGUGAGUACAAUUUGUACUUGCUAGGUAGAAAUGGAGAACCCAAGCCAAAUGUUAACAUAAUUGUUGAGGCUAGUCACAAGUAAAAUCCAUAAUCUGGGUAGUCAUAAACUCUAAACACUGAUAAGAAUGGCAGAGUUUAGCUUGGACAUCUUAAGGAUAUAUUAGCCAUUAACUGCAAUGUAAACUUAUUCAAAAUAGAGAAAAGAUGGAUGCUCUACAGAGAAGAGGAAUACUUGUCCUAUCCUCAGCAAUUAGACUUGGUUGAACUGCAGGAGAUAGAGUUCCCAGUUUUAUUCAAAACUAAGAAGAGAAAGAAUAUUAGCUUAAUCAAGAUUAAGGAUAGCAGCAUUGUACUUGAGGAUCUCUAUGAUAGAAUAAAGUUUGAAUAGCAAGAGAAUAAGUACUAUAAUAAGAUACUUAUCAAUGGGCUGCAGGAGGGAACUUAUGUCCUUCAUCUUAAAGAUGUCAAAAGAAAGAUUUCAAUUAUUAUUCACAGAGGAGAGUACUGGGAAAACAAUAGUUUCAUCUUAAAGAGGGACAGCCUAUUUGAAAACAAAGCAGCUCAGAAGCUACUCAAGAUUUAAAACGUUUCAGUCACUCCCACUGAGAACAACAGAAGUGAUGUUACUAUCAAAUUAGAGGACUAUACUAAUAUGACACGAGUUCAUUUGGUUGCUAAUCAGUUUGAGGACUUAGCUAGCUAGAGCUCGUAUUUACACUUUGCCAAGGAAUUGCUAAAUUCAGCAAACUAGACCAUCUUCCCCUUCGCUUAAUGGAAGAAUUUCUUUAUGAGCAACAGAGAACUGUCAGAUGAAUUCAGAUACGUAUUCGACAGGAGAUAUGCUGAGAGAUACUAAGGCAACACUCUCGAGAGACCCAGAUUAGUACUUAAGAGAACAUUGAUUGGUGAGACUCAAGUUGAUCAAGAAAGCCUAAGAUAAGGCACAUCUUAUGAGUAGCAUAGGUCUCAGGAUAUUCAAAUACUUAGUUAAAAUGUAGCACCUAGAGCAAUGAUGCAGUAAAUGGCUCAACCUAGAAAUAGGUAGAUGAACAAUUUCUAACCUCAGAUGAAAAUGGCCAGAAAAUCUGCAUUAGCUUUAGGAUCAGGCUCUGUGGAAGAAUUCAAUCAGCUUACUCUUAUGACUUUGGUUGAAAAUGAUCAUGGACCUUUCAAGAUGAUAGAUGAUCUCUAAAACUUUUUAAAGAAUGGACCAGUACAAGAAUUCAACUUGAAGCCUGACUAAAAUGGAGAGAUUAAAAUUAGCCUAAAUCUGUCAUCUCACACUCAGCUACAGGUUUUGGCUGUUGAUCAUAAAUCAGUGGCAUUCAAAUAAGUAGACCUCCCAGUAAACGCUAUUUAGAAGAGGGAUUUGAGCCUUAACAAGCCUCUAGACACUGAAAAGGGGUACACGGAGAGCAGAAAGACAUACAAUAUAAUAGAUGACUUAGAAAAGGUGAAGAACGUUCUGGACGAAGUUUUGAAAUCAGCCCCAAGCAUGGAGAGAGAGAUUUAUAACACUUUGAGUGAGAUCUUUAUUUAAUGGAAUAAGACUAGUACUGAUGAAAAGAACAAGCACUUUUCCAAGCAUUUCUGCCAUGAGUUGAAUCUCUUUAUCUACUUCAGAGAUUAGCCUUACUUUGAGGAGGUUGUCAAACCAUUCCUUAAGCACAAGAUGGAGAAGACCUUUGUGGAUAACUAUCUGCUUGGCUAUUAUGAGUAGUGUUUGGAGGUAUUUGGAAUGGGCACAUUUGAAAAGAUUAAUACCUUGGAGAAGUGUCUAUUGGUAGACAUCCUAGUUAAAUCUGGAAGAGUGCCUGAUGCUUUGAGAAUUAGAAACUACUUGACAGCCAUGAGAGACAAUACAGAGUAUCGUGAUACUAAUAAAGAGAACUCGAUAUUUGAUAAAGUCUUGAACUUAAACAUGCUGAAGGAUGGAGAUUUAUUAGGAGCUGGUGCAGCCUUGCUUGAUCAAUUUGCAGACUUUGGUGAUAUAGUCGGUUCUAGCAAUUAAGCUUAAUAAAGUCUUUUCGGAGCAGCAAAUAAUGUUAGUGCUAAUUUAGCGAUUGAUCCAUUUUCAAACAAUAAUAAUAACAAUAUCUUCAAUAACUUUGCCAUGAUGUAAUAAGUACCUUAUGAAUAACCUCUUAUGGGUGGUAUGGGUGCUGGUGGAUUUGGAAUGCCACAAGCUUAUGCAAUGCCUGCUCCUCAAAUGAUGUAAAUGUAAUAAUAACAGCCAGUUUAGUAGAGGGCAAUGAUGUUAAACAGCAUUUAACCUUCAAGUUAUACUUCUAAUGCAACUUUUGGUGGUGCCUCACAUGAUUUAUUUGGUGAUUUCAGCAACAGUAACAAGAAUAUUGAUAUGGAUAUUAUGUAGACAUAUAAUGAAGCUAAGAAAAAUACAAGACUGUAAUUUGAAGAGGUUCAAAAGACUAAUGAAUACAUGGAGACCCACUACUUCAAACAGAAAAUGUAUGCAACUUCUGAAAACAACGUAGGCAAUAACUCCUUCUGGGUGGACUACUCCACCUACCUUAUUGAAAGAGCUGAGAAUAAGGACCUGCACUCUACUUGA